AUGAAGUUCGCUCUACUUAUUCAUUUAUUCUUUGUCGCCGUUGCGACUGCGACAUUUUCGAAUCCCAUUAUAUGGGAGGACUUCGCCGACUUGGAUAUAUUCCGCGUUGAGGACACUUUCUACUAUUCCGCAUCAAAUAUGCACUAUUCUCCCGGUGCUCCAAUCCUCCGUUCCAAGAAUCUCGUGGAAUGGGAGAUGGCCGGACACUCAGUACCAGAGCUAGCUUUUGGCUCUGGCUACUACCUAGACGGUGGUCAAGCAUAUAUCCAAGGCACAUGGGCCUCGUCGCUGAGAUAUCGUCCAAGCACAUCAACCUACUAUUGGAUCGGAUGCAUCGAUUUCUCCAAGACAUACAUUUAUACUGCCUCUGCCGUUGACGGUAAAUGGACACAGGCUGCUGUCAUCAACUCGUGUUACUACGACGUUGGUCUCUUGGUAGCCGCCAAUGAUACAAUGUAUGCUGCCUACGGAAGCAGCAACAUCUACGUAUCUGAGCUGUCAUCAGAUGGCCUGAGAGAAGUUGCGUCGAAGGUAGUGUAUGAAUCAGAUGUUGGAUACAUCGAGGGUUCUCGCUUCUAUGAAAAAGAUGGCAACUUUUAUAUCCUUACCGUCAAGCCCGGUUCACCAUCCUCGGAGUAUGUCCUCAAAUCCACAACUGGUCCAUGGGGCCCAUACACGAUCCAAGAGCUUUUCACCGAUGCAGGCAACCCAGUUCCUGGAUGUGGAAAUCCACAUCAAGGAGGAAUUGUGGAUACUCCCAACGGAGAUUGGUACUUUAUGGCAUUCGUGGAUGCAUACCCCGGUGGCCGUAUCCCAGUUCUUGCACCGCUUCAAUGGGACUCAGAUGGGUGGCCCUCAGUCAACCUCGUGGAUGGUUCCUGGAGCACGACCUAUGAUACACCCAACAUUGCAGCCAGUAGUACGACUUCGUCUUUCCAGGCAGAUAGCACCGACAACUUCUCGGGUCCGACUUUGGAUGCCCAAUGGGAGUGGAACCACAACCCCGAUAAUUCCAAGUGGUCUAUUGAUAGCGGACUCACAUUGCAAGUUGCGUCUGUGACGAAUGACCUAUAUAGUGCCAAGAACACGCUCACACACCGCAUCCGUGGCCCGAAAUCAUCUGCCACAAUACAGUUCAGCACUUCAUCUAUCAAAGCUGGAGGUCGGGCUGGGCUUGCUCUGCUUCGGGACUCCUCUGCUUGGAUUGGAAUUGUCAAUGACGAUGGCGAUACUCAUAUUGGAGUUACUACCGGUCUACAAAUGGAUAGUGACUGGAACACUAUAUCUACGGGGGAAGAAAUUGCCUCAGUGGGAUUUUCUGGUGAUCAAGUUUGGUUGCGUGCAACGGCAGACAUCCAGCCCACCGUCGCGACGGGUCAAUUUGCGUACAGCUUGGAUGGAGUUACUUUCACUGAUCUGGGAGGCGAUUACAGUUUGAAUGCCACAUGGGAGUUCUUCAUGGGGUAUCGGUAUGGGAUAUUCAAUUUUGCAACUACAGCACUUGAGGGAAGCAUUACGGUGAGCCAGUUUGUGCUGUCUUGA